GCAACUUCGUCAAAUGUCACUAAGACAAGAUCCUGUUUUUUUUUAUUCGCGACAAAUACAGAAGUAACCUAUAAAUGUGUUUUAAUUAGGUUUUAAUCGCGUUAUAAAUAUAUAAACGAAAUGUUUUCCUCAAGAGUUUCAUCUCUAUGUAAAAUAAACCAUAUAUUAAAAACAAACAAGAUUAUUAGAUCAACAGCAGUAAUACAAAAUCAUCAAAAACGUUUCAAAACCGAUUUGUAUGAACCUGAUUAUCUAAUAAGCAUGGAACCAGAUGAACCUGUGUAUGACUGUUUGAAUUUGCAGUUAAAAGGCUACGAUUUUGCAGUGCUAGAAGCUUGCCAAGCUGAAAUACAUCGCAUAGCUGAUAUAAUGGGUGUACAAGUUGAUGAAUGUUGGGCGACACCAGCACAACAGUUGAAAGUGCAGCGAUAUAAACCUAAAGGCACUGUUGUAGACGCUGAGUACAACCUUAAUGUCUAUGAAAGAAAUGUCCAGGUAGUAGACGUACCCGCGUGGGCGCUGGGCACUUUACUCAGGAUAUCAAGGGCGUAUUUGCCAGAAGGCUGCACUUUAAAUGUCCAUGAACACACAGUAGAUCACGAGGAAAUUCGUUACGUACCAGACAAUGAAUUAAUAGAACUUAAACAACAACUGGAUGAUAUGGGCGGUAGCCGUCAAGACAAUAAAAAGAAGAAAUAAAUUAGUUGCCAUUAUGUAUAAGUAGUAAAUAAUACCAAUAGUUUA